AUGGCUAGAGCCAGUACUAUCCCCACUACCCCUUCCCCUUCUGCCAAGAAGGACAAGAAGGACAAGAAGGGAGAGUCCACCAAGAAGCCUAAGGUUUCUAAGAUGGCUCUCUCUGCUACUUGGUUUGCUGCUUGCAGCAAGGAGAAUGUAGACUCAGGUCUCUUUUCCUACAACCAAAAGAGGGAGCUGUCCAAGAAGUUCUCUGAGCAGGAGGUGCUUGUAGCCUUCCCCACUCAGCCUGGAGCUUCCUUCCAGCCUCAGGAUCUGGCUCAGCUAGAUGCUUUGGUAGCCCAAUAUUUUAAAGGGCGCUUCCUUGCUAAGGAAGUUGGAAUGGAGUUGGAGGGGGCAUUCUACCUUCUUCCCCCUGGUAAGAUCCCUGUUAACCCCAGGGAAGUCCACUUGGAGGAGAGGAUUAGUAUACCUUUCCAUUGGGCUCAUGUGUCUGCCCAUGAAGUCUUCCCCCAUCCUGAAAGGGAGGGGAAAUUGGCUUCUACAUGGUGGAUACUGCCCUUGGGCUCUUCCCCUGACAUAGAAGGGGUUGAAGGCCUAUUGGAUGCUUGUGGCUCCUUUGCUAACUACAGGGAGUUGAUACAACUCAGGGAGGUGUCAGGAAAGCUCACUGAGAAUUGGCUCCUGAGACUUGGCUUUGCCAAGGACAAGGAAUGGGUAGACAAGUACACUGUCUCUGGCAGUGAGAUAGACCUACCCCUUGUGGAUUUGUUUGGAGAGAUAGAGCCUGUAAAGGCCAUUAAAAUUUGCCUUCUGUGCAACAAGUCUUGGCUUGCAGGGAUGACCCAUGCUCCCAAGGCUUGUAACACUCUCCAUAAGCUGGAGAAGAUGAGGGCCCCUUUGGGAUGGCAGCCUAUAAAGGUUGAACCUGAAGGUCUGGUAAGGUGGAUUGAUCUUGUGCCUGAAGUGGAGGUACAGCCUGCCCUGAAAGAGUUGAAGGGAGAAAUCCUUACACUCAAGAAGGAAGUGGUUGACCUCAAGGCUCAGAUUAAUGACCUUGUGAAGGGGAAGGGUAAGGAGAAGGCCAAGGGGAAGGUAGAGAAACCUUACUCCAAGAGGCCUAGAGGGGUAGAGGACAGGGAAGAGGGCCCUUCCAGAAAGAAGGCCAAGGUAGUAAAAGCCAAGGCCAUCAAGACUGAAAGUGACUAG